AUGGCCUUCCUGUGCAACUCCGACUUCCGGCCUCUGUUCCGCCUGCUGGACGACUACGAGACCCACCGUUCCCGGGCCGCGCCAUCUACCUCCACUCGGUCCUACACCCCAGCUUUCGAUGUCCGUGAGCUGAACGAUGGCUACUACCUCGACGGGGAACUGCCCGGGGUGAAUCAGAGCAACAUCGAUAUUGAGUUCAGUGAUCCGCACACCCUGGUCAUCAAGGGCUACACAGAACGUAGCUAUCAGCACGAAAACACCGAAAAGGCCGACUCAAAGAGUGGCGCUCGCCAGUGGCGCCAGCCUACUGUUGAGGAUGAAGAGGCCGAUGCUACCGACGCUGACUCGGACACCAACAUCGACACUGACUCCGUGACGCCCGAGACCCAGCCAUCCUUCCACUACUGGGCGUCAGAGCGGUCUAUCGGCGAGUUCCAGCGAACCUUCACCUUCCCAACCCGUGUCGAUCAGGAUGCAGUGCACGCCAGCCUGAAGAACGGCAUCCUGUCCGUCAUCGUGCCCAAGGAGGCUGCACCUAAGACGAAGAAGAUCCGCAUUCAGUAG